GCGGCAUACGUCGCUUUCGGUGUCGGUAGCUAAUGACCCGAUAUACAGAUUGCCACUGUGCUUCUCGAGCGCGUGGACAUGGCUGCCGACACGGGCGGAGGUGGUCCACCGCCAUCUACUCUGGCCGCACAGCUGGUGGAAAGCAUUGCAGCGUCGACGAAAGUCUCCCGAACCGAUGAGAAUAGUGAACUCAAGGGGCUUUUGGCCACUAUCCAGCGCGUAAAGGAUAAUCCAGACCUCCUAAAGUCACCGGAUGAUCGAAUUGAGCACAAUCAUAUGCUUAUCUAUGUAUACUGCCGAGUGGUGCUCGAAAACAUCAAGCUCGACGACCCAUUUCUUGACCGAGCGAAUGUACGAACCGAGUCUCAAAAGGCCAUCAAUUUCUUGAGAUUUACAAUCAAAGAAACGCCAUCAGUGUUGCUACAUCAGAAUGAAAAUCGUGGACUUCUCUUCCGUGGCCAAGAACCUCUGUGGGUUUGGCUUUUGCCACAGCUGCUGAGACUCUUGGGGCACCCUCAGUGCCUUGAGCUGGAUAGCUCCAUUGAAGGAUUUCUGCAGUAUAUCCUCCUUCUAGUUGCACGAACUGGGAGUUUGUGGAAAUUGGCUCCGUUUUUGGGCCUGUAUCUUCGUGCAUCGUUAACAUCUCUCCUCGAUCACCUUCAAAGCCCAUCUCUCGUCCCUUCGCAUACGGAUCUUCGCACGAAUCUAGAACUUCCUCCAUCCUUUGCCCUUGAUCAAAUUUUGGUCGAAGAUCGAGAGGCCACGACUAAACGCCUAUCAUACUCGAUUUAUACCGUACGACAGGGAUUGCAUCUGGCAUCAAGCCUGGCGAGAGUGCUUGCAUACCCCCUAACAUCGCCUGAUUCGGCAUUUUCAAGCAGCGUGUCGCUGUUGGAGAAUGGGCCAUGGCUUAUAGAUUCAUAUCUGGAUUUGCGUCAUAUCCAGAAGCGAUGGGAGCUACCAUCCCAAAGCACCCCUCUUCCACUUGCCGAAUUGAUUAUGGAAAUUGUCAAAUCCUCGAUUACUAGUGACCACCCUAAUUCCUCACUCAUUGAAAAAUCGUGUGCUCUCCUCAUUCUGCUCUGCAGCGAAAUGAUUUCACCCCCUGACGAGCUGGUUCAACCAACUCCUGCUGGCGACCAGGCGAGGUCAAUCUACUGCAUGGCUCUUAUAAGCAUUGCUCAAGUAUCUUUAAAGUCCUACUCGAUAGGCCGCUUCGCAGCGUCGAAACUUGUUCAGGAACUCGUUUUAUUGUCAUCGCAAUAUUCGACUAUUGGAGAGGAUACAGAUAUUUGGCGAAGUGUGGCAUUUUUAAGACAAUCAAUUGGCUCUUUAGCACAGGAAUCACAGGAAUCCUUUCAAGAUAGCAUACACCCGUCGAGGUUUCAAGAUGCCGAGCUUCGAAAGUGCAUCCAGGAUCUGCAUCUGAACUAUGAUGCCCCUAACCAUGCAACAAACGCGAAGAAAAAGCGGAAGCUUUCAGAAGAGUCAACAGACUUUCUGACGAUUUUAACGCAUGGUAUAUUUGAAACACUUCAAGUUCCCCCGCCAUCAGACGACGACGUGGUGUUGCUUGAGCAGAUCUUCCUGGAUGGGUAUGAGAAAUGCAACCAGUCAAGCCAGUCUCUGGCUCUGGAUCUUUUAUCUCGGAUAUGUUGUGUGGUUGAUAAUAAUACACGGAUGAGGGGCUCGUUAGAUUCUAGUUCAGCUCCUAUAACGUGCCCUAUCUGUGACGAGAGGUCUUCUAGCCUGCCGACGAUUUCGUCUCACAAUGCGAAAGGCGAAGCCAGACAAAUAUUCUCCAAAGUCAUUCGCCUACCGUCAUUCUCGGAAUCCAGACGGCCACGAAUAGCCGCUAUGAUUGCUCUCCGAAGGCUUAUAUUGCACUGCGAGGAUGCAUCCUUUCUGAAUCUGGAGACCUCUGGCCCGGGACAGUGGUGUCUGCAAUCGCUAAACAGUUCUAUAAGGGAGCUUCGCAUCUCAGCAGGAAGAACCUUGGCACUUUUUAUGCCCCAAAAGCCCACGCAUAAUAUGGAUGAAGCGUUACUUUCGCGGAAUAGAAUGAAUUCUAUUGCUCUUCUAAAGUCAGCUUCAGAAGCAGAUCCACCACCGUUAAUCGAAACUCGAAUUUUAGCCUGGGGCCAACUUGGCAGAGUCGUGACCGAAGAUGAGCUGAACUUGGUCCUGAUAAAGCUCUUAGAAUACCUGGGCAGCAGUAAUAACAUUGAAUCGGCAUUUGCUUUUAAUGAGUUGCUAAGUCUCGCUGAGGCUCGGCGUUCCACGCCUCGUCGACUCUUCGAGCCAUUCUGGAAGAGUCUUGCCUAUAUGGCAACCAAAGACAUAGUUCAGCGCCCACAACGAAGUCGGGCCAUAGCAGAACUACUACAGAUAUCUGUCAAUGAGCUGCUUCUUCUCAUCCAGUCUCAUGCACUCCCAUGGCUUGUCUUGGACAAACGCAAAGAUGUGAUUCAAAAGAUUGCAGAAGCACGUCAGGAGACGGAAAUCUGGCGUCCCCUUAUGGACAGUCCUAAUACAGCCUCGGUAUUGUCGCUUCUGAUGUUACAGGAGUCAGAAAAUAUUGAGGAGUUCGUCAAAUCUAGCUUAGACGAGAUAUCUCCUCAUUUUCAUGCUCUCAGUCUUGCCGAUAUUGUUCAGUCAGAGCCUGUACUGACUGCUAUAGAGCUAUUAAAGGCAGCAGCAGACGCCGAUGCGUCGCGUAAGCGCCAGAUACAAAAAGCUUUAGCCAUGAUGGCAUCUAUGACUAUGGGAUCUGUCAAAGAGACAAGAAAUAAGAAGGCAGAUUUAGUGGGCCGAUUCCUACAGUCGCACAUCCUCGGGCUUAUGGCUCGAUUUACAGAUGUUAUAAAUGAUUCAAUUUCGAUUUAUCCCCAGGUGAUGGAGCAAAGAAACUACAUUCGUACGCUGGAGGAAAUGAUUCGAAUUUGCCAAACAUAUGCAAGAAUUGCCCGUCCUCAGAUAUCUGCCUGUCUCUUAUCUGCUGCGUCUCAAGAUUCGCUGCGCGAGCCGGCGAUUUCAUGCUGGGCAGCAAUGCUCAAAUACUUUGACGAGGAAGACGUUGAGGCUUUACUUGAGGCUACUUUUUUCAUCGUGAAGCGCUACUGGUCCGAACUAAAGGCCGCGGCGAUGGCCAUAAUAAGAGACAUGCUUGAUAAUCUGCUAGGGAAAUAUGAGCAUGUUGUGAAAAAGCACAUUACGAAGCUUCCAUCGCUAUCGCAUGUUGAAGCUCUAAAUGAUAUCGAAGCUAAGCUUAAAGCUUUUCGACCGCCUCUUGCCCUUGAAGAAACUUUGGGGGUGUUUUCACGCAGAAUUGGCCACGACUAUUCCGGCGUUGUCCACCAAGCGUUAAUUGACCUGGUACCAUAUUUGCGAGAUAAUCAAAGUUCUCUCUAUACCUCUGCUAUCAGUCAACGACCAGACAGCAUGAUUGCCACACUACUACGGGCUCUCUUAGACUGCGCGUGCAAAUACAAUGGAGUUCAUAUCGACAUUACACGGCUCUGCGUGGAAUGUGUUGGGCUUAUUGGCUGUUUGGACUCGAACCGAACCGAAGCAGUCCGGGAGCAACGGUCUAUUGUGGUGUUGGAUAAUUUUGAAGUGAUGGAAGAAGCCACUGAUUUCGUACUCUUCUUGCUUCAGGAGGUGCUGGUGCCAUCGUUUUUAUCUACUACCGACAUGAAGCUUCAGGGGUUUCUAUCUUACGCUAUGCAGGAGCUGCUUGAAAGAUGCGAAAUUAGGACAGCUUGUGCCAAUCACGCCGCUGGAAUAGGCGGCGGCGACAUACAUCGAAAAUGGAUGACACUGCCAGAAUACGUGAGGGAAGUGGUUGCACCAUUUCUAAACUCAAGAUAUAUGGUGGCACCUAUGAAUCCCCAAGCCGUGGAGUAUCCGAUAUUUCAUCCAGGAAGACUUUAUGGCAAUUGGUUGCGAGCGUUCGUUGUAGAUCUCCUACGAAAGGGGCAGCAUCCGUACGCUGAUAUGAUCUUUGAACCUCUAACACGAAUUAUCCGUGUCAAGGAUUUAUCUACGGCAGAGUUUUUGUUCCCUUAUCUAGUGCUGCAUGUCCUAUUGGGACCCAGGAGCAGCCAGACAGAGAGAGAUGAAAUUCUCGGGGAAAUUAUGCAAAUAUUGAAAUGCCAACUUUCUCCGGAUGCAACCUAUCAAGAAAGAGAAGACAUGAAGCGAUUUUGUCAUCUUGUUUUCCGGUUCCUCGACUAUGCUAUGAGAUGGAUUCACGCCAAGCGAUCCGGUCGGUUAACUGGAGCUGCGAAAGAGAAUGUGUCUAGAAUCCAGGCCAUACUGGAUAGCAUUCCCGCUGAGCUAAUAUCGCAGCGUGCAAUCGACUGUAACGAGUAUGCUCGAGCUCUCUUCCAUCUAGAGCAACAUGGACAAAAGAUGGAUCAGGUUAAGAGGCAGCCAGGUGAUCGUGCCCGUCUUUUACAGCAACUACAAGAUAUAUAUGCCAAUAUCGACGAACCAGAUGGACUUGAGGGUAUUUCGGCCCAUUUACAUGUCUUGGACAUUAACCAACAGAUCUUGAGUCAUAAGAAAGCAGGACGAUGGACUGCAGCGCAGACUUGGUAUGAGAUGCAGCUUGCUGAAAAACCAGAUAACGCAGAGGUGCAGAUAGAUUUGCUCAACUGCCUAAAACAAGCGGGCCAGCAUGACGUUCUGCUCAACCAUGUUGAAGGGUUGAGGACAGACUCACUGAGCAAUGAUAAUAGGAUCAUGCCCUUUGCAAUUGAAGCCGCUUGGGUUACAGGUCGCUGGGAGAGCUUGGAAAAAUUCAUCAACAGGUUUCAAGGCAACGUCUUGCAGGACUUCAACAUGUCUUUGGGGGUUCUCUUUGAAUCCCUAUAUAAAAGCGCUCCUACACAGACAUUCAGCGAGACCGCUAAGAUGAUGAAAGAGAAUAUCGCUCUAUCAAUGACAUCGUCAACCACCACGUCACUCCAAGCAGCACAUGACAUAAUGUUGAAAUGUCACGUUCUUACGGAUUUAGAAAUCAUCAUUGGCGCCAAGGCGGAAAGCGAUGAAGAUCGUAUGAAGACAAUGUCUCUUCUGGAAGGCCGAUGCGAAAUUAUCGGAGCAUACUUUAACGAUAGACAAUACGUUUUAGGUAUACAAAGAGCUGCCAUGCAACUCUUACGACCGACGUUCUCCGAUCUCGAUAUUUCUGGGUUGUGGCUUGCCAGUUCUCGGCUUGCUAGGAAGACAAAUUCCUUGCACCAGUCAUUCAAUGCAGUGCUGCAUGCUUCUCAGCUUGGAGAUGAUGCAGCUACUAUCGAGAACGCAAAGCUGCUAUUUAGAGAUUCUCAUCACCGCAAGGCUAUCCAACUUCUCCAAGGAGCCAUCGAACAGAACAAAUUCAUGACGAAAUCAGGAUCAUCGCUUAGUAUUGGAUCAGCAAGUAACCUGAAUGCCCAUCAGAAGCUGCUCACAGCUCGUGCACAGCUUUUGCUGGCGAAAUGGCUUGAUGCGGCGGGCCAGACACACGCAGGCGCGCUUCGCGAAAAAUACCAGCAGCCACCCAAGACGUAUUCCACAUGGGAGAAGGGCCAUUAUUACCUUGGUCGACAUUACAAGAAAAUACUGGAAUCCGAACAGCCGUUGAAGGUGGAUGAUCAAAGUGACAACUAUGUCACUGGCGAGAUUGCUAGGCUCGUCAUUGAGAACUACGUGCGGUCUUUGAAUUCGGGGACCAAAUACUUGUACCAAACUCUUCCAAGAAUACUCACGCUGUGGCUUGACCUCGGGGCACAGGUCGAUAAGGCACCGGAGGGUAAAGUUUCGCUGUCUCGAGAACUUCACAAGCGGAGACUCGAGCAACUAGGUCUGCUGCAUUCAUUUCUGGACAAGUAUAUACAUCGCCUGCCAGCCUAUAUAUUUUACACAGCCCUGUCGCAGAUUGUCGCCCGUAUAGCACACCCCAACGCCAACGUCUUUGAGCGCUUGACAAACAUUAUUGUGAAAGUUGUGGAAGCUCAUCCUCGUCAGGCCUUGUGGAGUCUACUUGGCAUCAUGACGACUCGACGGGAUUCCGAGAGAAAAGCACGUGGUUCUCAAGUCCUCCAGACUCUCCGGAGUGUGUCCAAAAAGGUGGAAGGCGCAAAUUUUGAUCUCAAGUAUCUAAUCAGAGCGGGAGAGAAGCUAGCAGAGCAACUGUUGCUAGCUUGUCACAAUGGUGACUUUCACGGUAACAAAACUGUGCAUGCCAGCCUGACAAAAGACUUACGGUUCAAUCAAAAGUGUACGCCGUGUCCCUUGGUGGUUCCCGUGGAGAGUUCGCUCACAGCGACUCUGCCGGCCGUCUCAGAGCACGUAAAGAAGCACAAGGCGUUUUCGCGUGACGUGGUGUCGAUAGAUUGCUUCUUGGACGAUGUGUUGGUGUUGAGCUCUCUAGCUAAACCUCGACGCCUGACAGCACGAGGAACUGAUGGGAAAACAUAUAUGCUGCUCAUCAAACCAAAGGACGACCUUCGUACAGAUCAGCGACUAAUGGAGUUCAAUGGUAUCAUCAACCGAUCCCUGAAAGGAGAUGCUGAAUCCAGCAAGAGGCAACUAUAUAUACGGACCUACGCCGUCGUGCCACUGAACGAAGAGUGUGGCAUCAUCGAAUGGGUACCGGGAAUCAAGACGAUGCGAGAUAUUUUGCUAAACCUCUAUGCCGCACAAAAGAUUCAUCCAGACUACAACGCCCUUAAACAGCUGAUGGAAGAAGCCUCGACGUCUGACAGCAAGGUUGGCUUAUUCACAGAUGACGUGCUGGGGCGCUUCCCUCCCGUGCUUCCCUUGUGGUUUACCCAACAGUUCCCCAACCCCUCGGCCUGGUUCAGUGCGCGCUUGAGAUACACCCGGUCGUGCGCAGUCAUGUCCAUGGUCGGCACGAUCCUCGGACUGGGAGAUCGACAUGGAGAGAAUGUCAAUUUGGAAGAGGGAAGCGGAGGAGUCUUUCACGUAGACUUUAACUGUUUGUUUGACAAGGGUCUCACCUUUGCCAAGCCCGAGCGUGUACCUUUCCGCCUUACGCACAACAUGGUAGCUGCCAUGGGUAUUUACGGCUAUGAAGGGCCGUUCCGAAAGUCAUCCGAGCUGACGUUGAGCAUUCUUCGACAGCAAGAAGAGACGCUUGUGACUAUUUUGGAAGCGUUCAUUUACGAUCCUACGCUGGACCUGCAGAAGGACAAGCGAGCGGCAAAGAGGAGCGAAUUCGGAGUCAAGCUACAGCCGCAAAGUGUUGUUGACAGCAUCAAGAGGAAGGUUAAGGGAUUGUUGCCGAAUGAGAGCAUUCCUCUGAGCGUAGAGGGACAGGUGGAGGAGCUGAUUAAACAGGCGGUCAAUCCAAGGAAUCUGGCGGCAAUGUACAUUGGAUGGUGUCCGUUUUUGUAGAGCGGACAAAUUUAUCAUGGCUGGUCAUCGUUGUAUGAAUUUACGCUGGUUGGGGUCUAUGUUUCCUUGUCAUAAUUUGAAACGAGAACGUAUAUUUCAUCUAGCAUAUCAUACCUAGAUAGGUAUACAGGUAUCUAGCUUUGAUGUUUUCUGUUUCAAGAUAUGCAACUUGUCACUGAUUACGGCUGUAUGCUCUGUGACGGUAUCAAUCACUCCAACUUGCCCCCUAUCGACCAGUCAUUCAACCGCCGAAGUGCGACCAGCCCGAUGUGAAUUAUUAUUGC